AUGGAGAAGAUACAAAAGCUGGUCUCCGAGAAACCUCUAGUGAUUUUCAGCAAGAAUUCGUGCUGCAUGUCUCACACAAUCAAGACUCUCUUCCUCGACUUUGGUGUGAAUCCAACGAUUUAUGAGCUCGACGAGAUCAAAAAAGAAAAGGAUAUAGAGCAAGUAUUGGCUCAACUCGGCUGCAGCCCAACUGUGCCAGUGGUUUUCAUAGGUGGGCAGCUGGUAGGUGGAGCCAAUCAAGACUAUCAAGUCAUGAGCCUCCAUCUCAAUCGUUCUCUCGUCCCAAUGCUUAAGCACGUCGGAGCGUUAUGGGUUUGA